CCAUGCAUUCAUUUGCAUGAGAGACUAGAAUAUGAAAAGGAGAGGCCCUGAAUGGAAAGAUAUGUAAUAAAGUGUAGCAAUCACAAUGAAUGGGUAACCUUACAGAGCAUUUUUUAUAUGGGGUCAGCGACCCCACUUGAAAGCUGAAUAGAGCCAGGAGAAGAAGUCAAAUAAUUCAAGAACUAUCCAAAGACUGGAGAACAGGAAAGCGGAAUACAAUUUACAAGGGAUGUCAGACAUAGCCAAAGACAAAGCAGCUCGUCUCCUGAAGAAGAGGGGAAGUAUUAUAUCACUGGGAAGCCAUGAUGUGAAACCAAGAGGCAGCUUCAGCAAAACCAAAGACUCUGUGAGUACAGUGUCUUACAUAGACGAACCGGGCCAUCAUGAUGAAAUUCAGAGCCCUGCCAUCCUGAUGGAAAACACUUAUCAGAUAGGACCUGCAAAACGUUUUCCAGUUGCGUCUGUAAAUAAUAUUUUAAAGGAUGUCCUGACAAGUUAUCUUCAAGAGGAGAAAUAUGAAGCAGAGCUAUGCAGACAAAUGACAAAGACCAUCUCUGAGGUUAUUAAAGCACGAGUAAAAGAUCUGAUGAUUCCCAGGUAUAAGAUUAUUGUGCUGAUUUACAUUGGCCAGCUGAAUGAUCAAAGCAUGCGCGUUGGAAGUAGAUGCAUCUGGGACCCAGCAAAUGACACUUUUUCCUCCUACUCUUUCAAGAAUAGCUCUCUGUUUGCACUAGCAAAUGUAUACGGGGUAUACUAUGAAUAACACACACAUACACAUGAAUUAUAUCCAAUACUUUCCAUUAGUCUUAAGUAAAGCAACUAGUGUGAACACUAAACUACACUAUAUACCUUCCACAGCUGCUGUGGCCUGCAACGUCCCAGAUACCACACAGCAGAUAAAUAUUUCAGGUGGAUAUUUUGAAUUGAGACUAGAGGUUGCCAGAAUUUUAGGUAAUAUAAGUAUUUGUAUUACUGAGAAUGAGCAUCUGCUGAUCUGCUUGUAAAACUUAAUGUUUGACCAGUGUGCUGGGAUUUUUUUCCACAUCACCCCUAACCAGUAAUGUACCCAAUUGUACUUACUGAAUAUAAUUUAUAUUUACUUUUUAUGUUUAAUAUGAUAUUGUAUUGUAUUGUAUUGUACAAUGGUAUUCUAAUGUACAGCUGAUAUAUAUUGUGUUCUACAGCUUUUCAUUUUAAAAUUCAAACUGUUUGCUGUCUGUUAGGAUCCCAGAGCCAGGAAGAUGAAUUGCAGAGGGUCUAGUUAAAAUGAUAAUACCUGUAAGAGGAAAUGCAAUAAAGUUGCAAAGUUUGUUCCAUGUCUAGUAACCAUUCAGCAGAUAUAAUUAACUGGUAACCUGUUUGAAAGCAAACAUUUAAUUGCUGUGUAUUACUAGAUCUCUAUUGCAAAGACCCAUAACAGUCUUGACUCAAAGCAAAUCUCAUUCCUAAUUGUUGGGCAUUGAUCCAUUGUAAAUUCCAAGUUAGGGAAAGACAUAAUACAAAGAACAAGAACUGACUAGUUGUCUCAGAUUAUCAUUUUUAAUAUUAUAUUUAAAGGUCAGGUGAACAUCCACUUAAAAUAUAUCAUUAACCUGUAUUUAUUUAUAGAUGUCAAGGUUGCAACUGCAGAAAAAGUUAAAUAAGUAGCAAAAUGGAAAUGAUUAUAAGAUUUUUUUUAUUAUAACAAAAUAGGUUUAAACAGGAUUGGAAAUAAAAUGCAAACUGUCAACUA